AUGGGGUCAAGGAUCUGUGUCUGGGUUGUGGGACCCCAGGGGAAGGCGCACUGUGGUAACCCUGUGUCCCGGUGUGCUGGGUUCCGGGUGCUGGGUUCCGGGGUGCUGGGUUCCGGGUGCUGGGUUCCGGGUGCUGGGUUCCGGGUGCUGGGUUCCGGGGUGCUGGGUUCCGGGUGCUGGGUUCCGGGUGCUGGGUUCCGGGUGCUGGGUUCCGGGGUGCUGGGUUCCGGGGUGCUGGGUUCCGGGGUGCUGGGUUCCGGGGUGCUGGGUUCCGGGGUGCUGGGUUCCGGGGUGCUGGGUUCCGGGGUGCUGGGUUCCGGGGUGCUGGGUUCCGAGGUGCUGGGUUCCGGGGUGCUGGGUUCCGAGGUGCUGGGUUCCGGGGUGCUGGGUUCCUGGGUGGUGGGUUCAGGGGUGCGGGGGUCGAGGUGCUGGGUUCAGGUGCUGGGUUCCGGGUGCUGGGUUCCGGGUGCUGGGAUCCGGGGGGCUGGGAUCCGGGGUGCUGGGUUCCGGGUGCUGGGUUCCGGGUGCUGGGUUCCGGGUGCUGGGUUCCGGGUGCUGGGUUCCGGGUGCUGGGUUCCGGGUGCUGGGUUCCGGGUGCUGGGUUCCGGGGUGAUGGGUUCAGGUGCUGGGUUCGGGGUGAUGGGUUCAGGGUGCUGGGUACCGGGGUGCUGGGGUCCUGGUGCUGGGUUCCGUGGUGCUGGGUUCCGGGGUGCUGGGUUCCGAGGUGCUGGGUUCCGGGGUGCUGGGUUCCGAGGUGCUGGGUUCCGGGGUGAUGGGUUCCGGGGUGCUGGGUUCCGAGUUGAUGGGUUCCAGGGUGAUGGGUUCCGGGGUGCUGGGUUCCGGGUGCUGGGGUCCGGGGUGAUGGGGUCCGGGGUGAUGGGUUCGGGGUGCUGGGUUCAGGGUGCUGGGUUCCAGGUGAUGGGUUCAGGUGCUGGGUUCAGGGUGCUGGGUUCAGGUGAUGGGUUCCAGGGUGCUGGGUUCCGGGUGAUGGGUUCCAGGUGA